AUGAAAGAAAGGGUAUACUUUUUGCACAUAGCUGUAGGAGUGGUGGGAAUUGUGGGCUCGUGUUUGGGCAUAUUUGUGGCCGUAAAGCCACGCGAUCGGUGCCAAUACGUGCUCAUACAAUCAAUACUAUGUCCCAUCGCCAACGCGGGGCAAUGGACAGAAUUCAAUCUACCAAAUGACCACUAUAUCUUGAGAAUCGCGGGACUCAAUGAGCAUACCGUCAAAAUUAUAAUGAUCAGCGCCUUCACGGUUGCGAUUGUCACACAAUUGAUGGGCAUAUGGGGCGCCUACAAGACAAACUACUGCGUGUGCAUAAUAUACGGACUGAUCAUGAUCAUCGCUUUCAUUGUCAGCGUUCUGCCGGCUCUAUAUACUGGCUAUAAUGCCAUCUGGUUUCUCACCGGAUGGUUCUUCCUGUGCAGUUGUUUUGCCACAUCAUUUGCCAGUGCUAUCCGUCGGUGCCGCGCAACACGACCGGCCCUUAUGGGUGCGGUCAGUGCCCGUAACGCCACUAUUGUUUUGGCACAACCGCCGCCCACUAUCGUGUAUCAGUUGCCCCCGCAGUCUCCGUACGUGAACGCGGGACCCCCGACGCCAAAUGUCAUGUACAACAGUCCA